CUCUAAGCUUCCGGUUCGCAUGCAUUCUUCUCAUCUUGCACACCGCUCAACCGAUUCACGUUAGCCGAUAAGUUAUAGAGACUUGAUAUAGUAUAAAAGAAAGGAUUUACAACAUUUAUACACGGAAAUAAUGGCGGCGACAUUGAGGAGUCUUAUGAGACUCAAUGUAAAACUGGCCAGCAAUACUGUACUGAAACACAACUUCCUAAAUUCGUGUAGAUUCAUAUAUUCUGAUAAAAGUCUGGGUUUACAAGGCUACGAAAAUGCACGUUUAAACUUUCGCAAUCAAUUUUUAAAUGUGGAGAAUACAUUCCGUACUAAAAUGCAGGAGGUAUGCGACUCAGAGUUAGGUCAAAUUUUCACGGAAGACCUGAAGUCCAUGCUGCACUUAGCACAGAAAAAGCCCGAAGAUAUUGAACUGCUUGUCAAGAUGUUAACAAAGUUUAAUAGUCAAAACAAAGAACUGAGAUUUGGUACUUUUGUCUUUGGUCCUGUGGUAAUGCGUACCUUUUACUAUCUUGAUGAACCAGAUCUUGCGCUUACUGCUUUCAAAGAUCUUCAGUUUGGAAAUUUCUUUGAUCAAUUGAUUAGUUACCAGAUUCUUUUAUGUCUGCUGUAUAAGCAUGGAAAAUACGCAGAAAUGAGAGAUGUGUAUGAUAUAAUUAAAACUAAAAAUCUAGAUUUUGGUGGAUAUCCAAGGAAUUCUUUGAUAUUAGUUAUGGCUGCUUGUUACAAAGAGAAUACACCAGAAACAUUGGAAUAUGCUUUAAAUCUCUGGAAGGAGAUAAAAGACAAAGGAUUUACAUUUAUGCGUAGAGCCAGCACAUUUUUGAUAGCUCUAGCCAUUAAUCAAAAUUCAUCUCACAUAGCUAUAGAAAUUCUAACUUCGAUAAGAGAAGCCCGAUAUAUUGAUAUAAGAUGUUUGAAAGUUUUGGCAUUUGCAGACUUGAAGAGAUUCACUGAGAUAGUGCCUAUCUUCAGAAAAUCAUUAGAGUUUGAUAAUCCAAAUGUUAUGAAAGAAAAAUAUUUCAAAGAUGUAAUUGAAAAGUUGGAGGAGUCUAUGGCAAAGGAGAAUAUUCCUACAGACUUUGAACUUUACAAGUUGAUCACUCUGUUGAGGAGCAAUGAUCAUAUUUUAUCUGAUACUUUGGAAGAUCAUCUCGUCUCUGAAAUAACAGUCGAUCCAAUGAAACGUGCUCAACGGCGGAUGAACGCUUCUCAAUCUAAUAUUACACGACAGCGGUCGUUCUCGCGUAAUAGAUUGCAAGAUCUUUUGUAAAUGUGCUCCAAAAUUGUAGAAUGUGUUUCAUGUAACCCAAUAAUUGUUAGUUUGGAUAAACUUAAGAUUAAACCAAUGAAUAAAUAAAUAAUCUAUAUCGAUUGACGAUGAACUAAA